AUGGCGCCAUCAAUGAAUGCACCUCUAAAUUGGGUGCGCUCGUCUGUUCACUUUUUCUUGCUUGCAUCGUCGUUCUCGACGCUCUUGGCAGAUGCACGCUACAUUGAUGUCGACAAGCGACAAGAAGCUACACCCACUUCAACUGCUAUUUCGACCGCGGCUCCGGCUUGCCCGGGCUCAGACGGCGUCACUUAUCAGCUUGCCAGUGGCUCCACUUUCCUCAUUGAAUGCGGCAUCGACCGCGUGGCCAAUGACCUCAAGACCGUAGAUCCUGUUGCCAAUUUCGCAGCCUGUAUCGCCGCGUGCGACACUACUGCCAAUUGCAAAGAUGUGUCUUACACCGGCGGAGCGAACGGCGGUCCCUGCUAUCUGAAGUCUGCUGCCGGUGGCAUUUCCACCAACACGGCCGUCUGGGGAGCUGUAUUGGUUGCCAAGGGAUCUGCUGCAUCCUCGUCGGCCGCCGCAUCUUCAACCCCUGGUCCUAGCGGCGGCGCGUCUACUAGCACGUCCGGCUCUGCUUCCAGCUCCACGGUCAGAGCCCCUUCCGCUAGCGUACCCGCUGGCUGGGAGCUGAAGGGAUGCUACGUUGACAAUGUCAAUGCGAGGACCAUGAACAAUCUGCAGCCUGACGAUGCCGAUCAAACCGUCGAAAGCUGCGUUAACACGUGCAUUGAUCUCGGCUACAAGGUUGCGGGUAUGGAAUAUGGUGUGCAAUGUUUCUGCGAUAAUUUUCUCCGCAAUGGAGCCGCAGAGGCUGAUGCUGGCGACUGCAGCAUGGCAUGUCCCGGUGAUUCGUCGCAGAAGUGCGGUGCUGGCAACAGACUGUCGAUCUGGUCCAACGAUGACCUGCAGGUUUAUCAGCCCCCAGCCGCCCAGAACACUAGUCUACCAGGUAACUGGGAGUAUGUUGGAUGUCUUCUGGACAGUGCCGUCGCCCGAACUUUCCCGUAUCAGCUCAUCCUCGAGCAGAACAACACUGCUGAAAACUGUCUCAGCCAGUGCUCCGACUAUGGCUACGCUCACGGUGGAAUGGAAUACGGCAACCAGUGUUUCUGCGGUGAUGCGUCAGACAUUGAUGCAGCUGGUGCCACGCUGCAAGAUGAAUCCGACUGCAACAUGUCAUGUUCUGGCAACGCUACCUACAUCUGCGGUGCUGGAGACCGCAUUAGCUACUACAGGUGGAGUAACGACGAUCCGCUCUACGUUUGGCACUACCCGGAGGGCAAUGAUGCGGGCGAAUACUCUCUCCUCAUUGGUGGAGUGGUAAUUCCGCUUGUUAGCAUCCCUGCCCGUAACGGUAAAGUCGUCUUCGUCGAGAAGUUCGGAACUGGCCCGCCAAACAGCACCGGCGCAUACGAACUGGACCCUACCCUUGUAGACGAUUUCGAUGCUGCCUGGAGGACGAUGCAUGUCAAGACCGAUGUUUUCUGUUCCGGUGGAGUCACGCUCCCGGAUAGAGCAGGUCGUCUGCUCAACGUGGGUGGAUGGUCUGCGGAUUCUCUGGAAGGCGUCCGUUUGUACUGGCCAGACGGUGUUCCUGGGACCCCCGGCUCCAAUGACUGGGAGGAAAACGUCCAAGAGCUUUCGUUGCAAGUUGGACGCUGGUAUCCGUCGGCAAUGGUUAUGGCGAACGGCUCUGUCUUGGUCGUUGGUGGUGAGGAUGGCUCCAAUGGCCCGCCCGUUCCGAACAUGGAAGUCCUCCCUAGACCCGCAGGUGGCCAUCUUGUGGAUGCCGACUACCUUCGCCGCACGGACCCUUACAGCACUUACCCGUUCCUCGCUGUCCUACCCAGCGGUGGUAUCUUCAUUUCGUAUUACAACGAGGCCCGCAUCUUGGACGAAAACUCGCUCACCACGAUCAAGGAGCUUCCCAACAUCCCUGGCGCAGUGAACAAUUUCCUUGGUGGCCGCACUUAUCCCUUCGAAGGCACUGCUGUUCUCUUCCCUCAGCAUGCUCCUUACACUGACCCCCUGAGGGUGCUCAUCUGUGGUGGUUCUGCCCCUGGACAAGCCCCCGGCCUUGACAACUGCGUCCACAUGACCCCGGAUGCCCCAGAGGAUGGUUGGACCAUCGAGCGUAUGCCGAGCAAGCGUGUCAUUUCUUGUAUGACUGCCCUGCCUGAUGGAACCUACCUGAUCCUCAAUGGCGCCUUGAGGGGUGAGGCUGGCUUUGGUCUCGCAACCGGGCCUAACCUCAACGCUGUCCUCUAUGACCCUUCAAAGCCACUGCACCAGCGCUUCAGUGUCAUGGCCAACACGACCGUCGCUCGCAUGUACCACAGCGAAGCUACCCUCAUGGACGAUGGUCGCGUCGUCGUCUCCGGUUCCGACCCGCAGGACGAACGCUACCCGCAGGAAUACCGUGUCGAGGUCUUCACGCCUCCCUACGUCCUCUCCGGCGCCGCCCGGCCCACAUUCACCGUCUCUUCGAACGAUUGGGCUUACGGCGACACUGUGACAUUUACGCUCACCAGCGCCACCACCGGCAACAUCCGCGUCUCCUUGCUCGGUGCCGUCACUUCGACCCACGGCAACAGCAUGGGCCAGCGCACCAUCUUCCCGGCGGUGUCGUGCAGCGGCACCACCUGCACCGUGACGGCUCCGCCCGGCAAGUAUGUCUGCCCGCCUGGUUGGUUCCAGGUGUUCGUCCUCGACGGCCCGACGCCCAGCCACGCCACGUGGGUGCGCAUCGGUGGCGACCCGGCCCAGCUUGGCAAUUGGCCGGCGUACGAUGAUUUCACGACGCCCGGUUUGGGCGCGGUGCUGCCGACGACGGCCAAUGCGGCGGAGAGCAGGAUUGCGUCGAAUGCGACGAGGAGGGGUUAG